AUAUAAAGUUCGGUUGUGGCGUGUUAUUCAAUGAGUCGCAGCGGCAGCAACAGUGACGUGAAUAAGAAUCUCCUCCUCAAAUUACCGCAAAGAUGGUCUUCAAAGCUGUUUGUAUGCUGAAAGGAGCCGGGGAGACCUCCGGCACUGUGUUCUUCGAGCAGGAGAACGACUCGUCCCCGGUGAAGCUGACGGGUGAAAUCAAAGGCCUCACGCCCGGGGAGCAUGGCUUCCACGUGCACUCCUUCGGAGACAACACUAACGGCUGCAUCAGUGCCGGCCCCCACUUCAACCCCCAAAACAAGACUCACGGCGGCCCAAAAGAUACAGAGCGACACGUGGGGGACCUUGGCAACGUGACUGCAAGUGCGGACAACGUGGCCAAACUCGACAUCACAGAUAAAGUCAUCUCCCUCUCUGGCCAGAACUCCAUCAUUGGAAGAACCAUGGUGAUCCAUGAGAAAGCCGACGACCUGGGCAAAGGAGGCAACGAGGAAAGCCUGAAGACGGGCAAUGCUGGCGCACGUCUGGCCUGCGGCGUGAUCGGCAUCACUCAGUAAAACAUGGAGGCAACUCUUUCUUCCCAUAGCACCUAAAAGACCAACUAAGCUACGAAGUGUGUUUGUGUAGCGUUGUGAAGCUGUUUGUUUUUGUUUUUUGCCUCAGGUGUUGCUGACGACCAGCAUUUCCACUCUUCUUACUUUACAAACUAUUCUUUCUUCUGCCAAUCUCCUUAACAUGUUGUAAACUGACAGUGUAAUAAAGUUCAUCUUCAUGA